AUGGGUGAGGCCAGAGGUGCUGGUGGCCGAGGUGAUGGCAGUGGAGGCCUCCAUCUAGUAGAUGAGCCUGACAAGCAUGCUACCGUUCCCGCUCCAGCCCAGCAGCAUCGGUAUAUUCCAGAUCGCCCGUCAACGUUUUACCGACCGUCAACACCUCUAUAUACUCCGGUGGAGCUUUUUUCAGAGUGGCCAUCAUUGGAGGCAUACCAUGCGCAGCCGUCAGUUUGUCAUCCACAAGGAGAGCGACCAGAUCCAGCUCUAGCACCAUCUACAUCUCCAGCUCUGGAGCCCACUCAGGAGCCCACUCGGGAGAUCACUGAGGAGCCAGCUCGGGAGCCCUCUCAUCAUCCAUAUCAGGAGCCCGACGACACACAGGCUCAUUCUUCUGCUCCUGUGGACUCGUCUCCAGCUCCGGCACUGUAA